GAAAUAAAUUAAGUAUUUUUUUAUUAUUUAUAUACACUAAUGUAACCAAAAAAAUUGCCAUUAUUUAAUCAGAAUUUAACACUUAGAUUAAAAAUGAAGAAUGGUCAACUGAUUACUCUUUUGUUAACAAUAUCUUGUCUUUUAUUUAACGAAGCGAUUCAAUUUUUGGAUGAUGUAAUAUGCGAAUUUGAAAAAGGUAUGACGAGUAAAGCAGCUACAAAUGGUGACUUGGAAUUUUUAAAAUAUGCUCAUGAAAAUGGAUGUCCAUGGGAUAAAGAUACGACUAUAGAAGCUGCUGCAAAUGGUAAAUUAGAAUGUUUAAAAUAUGCUCAUGAAAAUGAAUGCUUGUGGGAUGAAACUACAACAAAAGAAGCUGCUUUGAAUGGUAAAUUGGAAUGUUUAAAAUAUGCCCACGAAAAAGGGUGUCCAUGGGAUGAAAGCACAACAAUAGAAGCUGCUGCAAAUGGUAAUUUAGAAUGUCUAAAAUAUGCUCAUGAAAAUGAAUGUCCAUGGGAUGAAAGAACAACAGAUGCAGCUGCAAUGUAUAAUAAUAUUGAAUGCUUAAAAUAUGCUAUUGAAAAUGGCUGUGAAUGGAAUCAAUUCAAUGUCGUGUUAAGUGCUAUUAAAAAUGAUAAUAUAGAAAUUUUUAAAUAUUCUUAUGAAAAUUUACAUGAAUUAAAUAAUGUUGUAACUUAUAUAGCUGCCUUUGAAGGUAGUAUAGAAAUUUUAAAAUACGCACAUAAAAAUGGAUGCUCGUGGGAUGAAAGAACAACAGAAGAAGCGGCUAAAAAUGGUAAUUUAGAAUGCUUAAAAUAUGCUCAUGAAAAUGAAUGUCCAUGGGAUGAAAGAACAACAGAUGCAGCUGCAAUGUAUAAUAAUAUUGAAUGCUUAAAAUAUGCUAUUGAAAAUGGUUGUGAAUGCAAUAAAUUCAAUAUUGUAGUCAGUGCUAUUAAACACGGGAAUUUAGAAAUGUUAAAAUAUGCCUAUGAAAAUAGAUGUCCGUGGGAUGAAGACACAACACUAGCAGCUGCUUUAAAUGGUAAUUUGGAAUGUUUAAAAUAUGCCCACGAAAAUGGAUGUCCUUGGGAUGAAAAAACAACAAUGGCGGCUGUUGCCAAUGGUAAACUAGAAUGUUUAAAAUAUGCCCAUGAAAAAGGGUGCCCAUGGGAUGAAAGCACAACAAUAGAAGCUGCUGCCAAUGGUAAUUUAGAAUGUCUAAAAUAUGCUCAUGAAAAUGAAUGUCCAUGGGAUGAAAGAACAACAGAUGCAGCUGCAAUGUAUAAUAAUAUUGAAUGCUUAAAAUAUGCUAUUGAAAAUGGCUGUGAAUGCAAUAAAUUCAAUAUUGUAGUCAGUGCUAUUAAACACGGGAAUUUAGAAAUUUUUAAAUAUUCUUAUGAAAAUUUACAUGAAUUAAAUAAUGUUGUAACUUAUAUAGCUGCCUUUGAAGGUAGUAUAGAAAUUUUAAAAUACGCACAUAAAAAUGGAUGCUCGUGGGAUGAAAGAACAACAGAAGAAGCGGCUAAAAAUGGUAAUUUAGAAUGUUUAAAAUAUGCUCAUGAAAAUGAAUGUCCAUGGGAUGAAAGAACAACAGAUGCAGCUGCAAUGUAUAAUAAUAUUGAAUGCUUAAAAUAUGCUAUUGAAAAUGGCUGUGAAUGCAAUAAAUUCAAUAUUGUAGUCAGUGCUAUUAAACACGGGAAUUUAGAAAUUUUUAAAUAUUCUUAUGAAAAUUUACAUGAAUUAAAUAAUGUUGUAACUUAUAUAGCUGCCUUUGAAGGUAGUAUAGAAAUUUUAAAAUACGCACAUAAAAAUGGAUGCUCGUGGGAUGAAAGAACAACAGAAGAAGCGGCUAAAAAUGGUAAUUUAGAAUGUUUAAAAUAUGCUCAUGAAAAUGAAUGUCCAUGGGAUGAAAGAACAACAGAUGCAGCUGCAAUGUAUAAUAAUAUUGAAUGCUUAAAAUAUGCUAUUGAAAAUGGCUGUGAAUGGAAUCAAUUCAAUGUCGUGUUAAGUACUAUUAAAAAUGAUAAUCUAGAAAUAUUUAUAUAUGUUCACAAAAAUUUAAUCGAAUUACGUAAAGUUUUCAUUACUCUGGCUGCCUUUGAAGGUAGUAUUAAAAUUUUAAAAUAUGCCCAUGAAAAUGGUUGGCCAUGGGAUGAGAGAGUAACAGAAGAAUCUGCUAAAAAUGAUAAAUUAGAAUGUUUAAAAUAUGCCCAUGAAAAUGGAUGUCCAUGGAAUGAAGACACAACAGAAGCAGCUGCUUCUAAUGGUAAUUUGAAAUGUCUAAUAUAUGCACAUGAAAAUCUAUGUCCGUGGGAUGAAAAUACAGCAGAAAAAGCUGCUUUCAAUGGGCAUUUAAAAUGUCUACAGUAUGCUCAUGAAAAUGGUUGUCCAUGGGAUGAAAGCACAACUGAAGCGGCUGCUUAUAAUAAUAAAUUUGAGUGUUUAAAAUAUGCACAUGAGAAUGGAUGUCCGUGGAAUGAAAGCACAACUAAAGCAGCUGCUGCUAACGGCCAUUUAAAAUGCUUACAGUAUGCUCAUGAAAAUGAAUGUCCGUGGGAUGAAAAUACAACAAUAGAAUCUACUGCAAAUGAACAUAUGACAUGUUUACAGUAUGCUCACAAUAAUGGAUGUCCGUGGAACGAACUCACGUCAGAAGCAGCAGCAAAAAGUAGUAGUUUAGAAUUUUUAAUAUAUGUCCAUAAAAAUGGUUGCAAAUGGGAUGAAGCUACAACUAGAGCUGCUGCAGCAUUUGGUAGGUUGGAAUGUUUGAAGUAUGCCCACGAAAAUGGAUGUGUUUGGGAUGAGAGUACAACUAAAGCUGCUGCAUCAAGUGGUAGUUUGGACUGUUUGAAGUACGCCCAUAAAAAUGGAUGUGCUUGGGAUGAAAAUAUAACUAGUGCUGCUGCAUUAAGUGGUAGUGUCAUUUGUUUAAACUAUGCCCACAAAAAUGGUUGUGUUUGGAAUGAGAAUACAACUCUAGCUGCUGCAGCAAGUGGCUGUUUGGAGUGCUUGAUAUAUGCUCAUGAAAAGAGAUGUUAUUGGAAUAAAAAUACGAUAGUUACAGCUGCUCUGCAUGGUAAUUUAGAUUGUCUUGAAUAUUCCCAUAUACGUGGAUGUGAUUGGGUUGAAGGUAUUACGAGAGCGGCUGCAGCAAAUGGACAUCUAAAUUGCCUAAUGUAUGUCCAUGAAAAUGGGUGUGAUUGGGACGAAGGAACAACAAGAGAGGCUGCUGCUAGUAUACAAAUACAAAUGGAUGUAAAUGGGAUGAAGGGACUAUGAGUGGAGCUGCUGCAAAUAAUCAUUUAAACUGCCUUGAAUAUAGUCAUUUAAAUGGGUGUGUGUGGGAUGAAAGUACAACAAGACUUGCUGCUGCAAAUGGUUGAUUUCAGUGCUUAGUAUAUGCUCAUGAAAAUAAUUGUCCUUGGAGUAGAGGAACCAUUUAUGAAGCUAUUCAAUAUAAUUGUACUUACAUAAUCAAUUAUGCUACAAUAAAUGGCUGUCCUAGUUAAUUUUUUGCAGAAAUAACGUUAUUUGAAUUUUAUAUAAAUAUAUUAACUACUAUUACAUUUAUUUUAACAAUUGUUAAAAUAAAUUAAGUUGAGCUGUAAUGCGUAUCUAAGAUAGUACUGAUUCUAUUAACAGAAUUUUUGAUAUAUUAAUUUUUAAGAAAUACUAUUUUCUUAAUUAUAAUUAACAGCGUCUUAGCGUUGUUGUCAAUUACAUUACUAACUAUUUAUUCCCGGAUGGAAAUCCAAAUUUUGGGUCAAUUUAUUAAUGUACACCUUAUUUUUAUUAUAAUAUAUAUGUUAUUAAAUAGAUAA